AUGGGAAAGAAAAACAAAAAAGAUAACAAAGGAAAAGGCAAAGAAAAAACCGCUGCCAAGACAGAAAAGAAGGCGGAAAAACGUUUGAAAAAAGAACUUGAAGCUAAAGGAGAAGAGGAUAUAGAGAAAUUGAUUGCAGAAUUUCAAGAAAAAGAUCGCUUAAUGAACCAAGUUCUCGUAGAAAAAUGUGAGCCACCAAGCAUCAGAUGCAAUGCUUCUCUGAGCAGCCACCCAGAAAAGGAAGAAUUAAUCCUGUUUGGUGGGGAGUAUUUCAAUGGGAAAGAGAUGUUUAUGUACAAUGAUUUGUACUUUUAUAACAUCAAAAAGAAUGAAUGGCACAAGGUCACUGCUCCAGGUGCUCCUCCUCCAAGAAGUUCUCAUCAGGCUGUUAUGUUGAAGCAAGGUGGAGGACAACUGUGGAUCUUUGGUGGAGAGUUUUCCAACCGUACUCAGUCACAGUUUUACCAUUUCAAGGAUCUGUGGAUGUAUUCACUCAAAGAAAAGAAAUGGGACAAGAUCAAGUGUGUGGGUGGCCCAUCUGCCAGGAGUGGUCAUCGAAUGGUAGCUUAUAAAAAGAUGCUUGUUCUAUUUGGUGGCUUUAAUGAUAAUACCAGAGAUUACAAAUACUUCAAUGAUCUAUAUAUCUUCAACUUAGAGACUUAUUCUUGGAGUAAAAUUGAUGUUUCUGGAAAGGCUCCAGCACCCAGGUCAGGUUGUAUCAUGGUUUCUACCCCUCAUCUCAAUAAGAUUAUUAUAUACGGUGGUUACAGCAAACACCCGAUUAAAAAAGAUCUUGACCAGGGUAUAUUCCAUUCUGAUAUGUUUGCUUUAAUGCCAGAAGGUAAACAAGAAAAGAACACUGCCCAAGCUCAACACUGGAAAUGGGUCUCCAUGAAGCAAAGUGGUUUCCGUCCAGAUACACGAAGUGGAAUGAGUGCCACCAUUAUGCCAGGUUCUGACCACGCCUUUUGCUUUGGUGGAGUUUAUGACCAGGAGGAAAAUGAAGAAAUUUUAGAAGGUCAUUUCUUCAAUGAUUUGUAUUCUAUGGAUACUCAAAAUGGCUGUUGGCACAAGCUUACUGUUUGUGAGAAAACAAAGGGGACUUCUGAAAAACGACGCCGGAAAAACAAAGCGGACGACAAAGAAAAUGAAGAUGACGACGAUGAUGAUGAUGACAUGGAAACAACUGAAGAUCUUGAACAGCUAAAAAUAGACGACAGUGAAACAGAUUCUGUUCAGAAAAUCACUUCUUCUGAUGGAGUCUUUACCGUGACAAUUGGGCCGCAGUCCUCUGUUACUGAGGAAGAUUCCGUUUGUCAGGCUUCGAAUGAAUCCAGUAUAUGGAUGCCUCCUGCAAGAAUGAAUUGUUUACUGGCUCUGAAUGGAGGCCACUUGUAUCUCUAUGGGGGCAUCUAUGAAGAAGGAGACGUGCAAGUGACACUAACAGAUUUCUAUUCCUUAGAUGUUAACAAACGAAACAAAUGGAAUACAAUUAUUGAAAUGGACAGAAAGAGUCAGAAAUGGGAAGAAUCUGAUUCUUCAGAUGGCAGUGAUGACAAAUCAGAUGACGAAUCUGAUAUGGAGAUAGGGGAAGAUGACGAUGAUGACAUUCCAGAAAUGAAUGAAGAUGAAAGCGAAGAAGAUUAUUUCCAAAGAACUCAAGAAUUUUGGAUCAACAAGGCACAAGAAGUUGCAGAAGAGGAAAAACAAAAUUUAAGUCCUCAACAGGUGAAAAAAUUAGCUUUACGCUUGUGUCAGGAUGAGAUACAUAGCAGUUAA